CACUUGCCCUCUCUACAUGCUUGGCACAUCUCCUCGUCUCUGUAUCUCUCCUCUCUGUCUUAUUACUCUCUCUCUCUCUCUCUCUCUGGAGGUGGAGUAACCAAUGCUGCCCUGCCUUAAAUCUCUCUUUAAACUACCGCUCGCCGUUCUCUUGUCGCCUCCUCUGAGACCGGAGCCUCUUUAAUGGCGGACGACUCCGACUCCGCGGGUACCGUUCUCCUUCACGGAGACCUUGACCUAUGGAUACACGAAGCUCGCCGGCUCCCGAACAUGGACAUGCUAACCGAGCGCCUCCGACGCUGCUUCGCCCCUUGUGGUGCUAUCGUCCCCCAUCGAAGUGCCGAUCACCACCAUCCCCAUCACCCUCAUCACAAGCACCCCAAGAUCAUCACCAGCGAUCCAUACGUCACCGUCAGACUAUCAGGAGCCACCCUUGCCCGCACCCGAGUCAUCUCCAACUCCGAAAACCCUGUUUGGAAUGAGCACUUCAAUAUACCUGUCGCCCAUUCCGAUGACCAAAUCCAAUUCAACGUCAAGGACGACGAUAUAUUCGGCGCCCAGCUCAUCGGCACCGUAUCUAUUCCUGCUGCCGACAUCGUCGCGGGAGAAAUUGACCGCAAGUGGUUUCCUAUCCUUGGAUCCAAUGGGAAACCGCCCAAGCCGGAGAGUGCUCUGCUGCUCUCGAUUAGGUUUACGCCCAUGUCGGAGACUUCGGAGUACAUACAUGGCCUGGCAGGAGAUCCAGAGAGAAAAGGGGUGCAGAAUACCUAUUUUCCUGUCAGAAAAGGGGGGUUGGUGACGCUUUACCAGGAUGCGCAUGUGAGGGAAGGGGACUUGCCGGAGAUCAGAUUGGACGAAGGGAGGGUUUUCGAGCAUGAAAAAUGCUGGGAGGAUAUUUGCCAUGCUAUACUGGAGGCUCACCAUCUGAUUUAUAUUGUUGGUUGGUCGAUUUAUUGCAAGGUGAGGCUGGUAAGAGAGCCUACACGUCCGUUGCCGAGCGGCGGGGAUCUUACAUUGGGGGAGCUUCUCAAGUACAAGUCGCAGGAGGGUGUUCGUGUGUGCUUGCUCGUUUGGGACGAUAAGACAUCCCAUGACAAAUUAUUUCUCAAGACGGCAGGUGUUAUGGAAACUCAUGAUGAAGAAACUCGAAAGUUUUUCAAACAUUCAUCUGUCAUUUGUGUGCUAGCACCUCGUUAUGCCAGCAGUAAACUUAGUAUUGUCAAGCAACAGG